CAAGGUAGCAUUGGCUCGAGCGCCAAUGUGCACGGGGCAAGGCACAUUUGCAGCGGCCCUUCUUCCAUGAUGACGAAUGGCUAGCUCGGAGUGCUGCAUUUGCUACGAAGUCGGGCCGCAAGUCCGGGCGUUGCGCUGCAAGCACCCGGUUUGCACAGAAUGCUGCCGCAAAAUGCGCGGGACGAGCUGCCCUUUGUGCCGACAGACCAUCGACCCCUCCCUCUUGCUGGAGCUUCGGAUCGUUCACUCCCAGAAACGCGCAUACAGCUUUGACUUGGCCUUGCCAAUCUUGCAGCAACCUGGCGUGCCGCAAUUCUUCUCCACAGAGCAUUACCCUGCUGGUUUGAGUCAGGACUUUGAGCUUUGCGUGCCGCCUGCGGCCUUGCGUGCAGUGAUCCAGGGAUUGAACUUGGAGAUCGCCUUUGUGGACACCAAGUUCAGCUGCUGCAACGGUCUGGGGCCGAUGCUUGCGCGGCAAAAGCUGCUCCGAGCCAUCGAGAAGCAGAACGCCGCGUGGCGCCUUGCAAAUAUCCCCUGCUACUUGUCCCUGUCCCCAGGUUGGGGGAUUUCACAGAGCACCCUCUUCGUCCAGUGGGAUCCUGACCGGGACGUGAUUUGAGAGACAAAGGAGAGAGAGAGAGCUGGAGGUUGUUUACAACGGCAUACAGACAGCGCCUCUCGAACAGGCCAUAUGGCACCAACGUUUGCCAAUGCGCAGUUUUACAGAAGACAGGCUGCCAAAGUGCAGAGAUGUGCAGAGGCACCCCCCCAAAGUAAAGAAUCGGUGCGUAGCACCAACGCACUCAAUCCGAACAAAGGAGUUCGCGUUGAUUCGGGCUCCGCCUUUUGAAUUGGCGCGAGGAAAAGUGCGAUCUGCAUAUUCCAGCAACUGGGAUGAGGUAGUGCCGAUACAGGAGCCAUGGUGAC